AUCGGAAUGAGGCUGAUGGUAUUGCCUUGACACUGUUUCGAUUCCUUUCCUUUCCCUCUUUCUCCCCACAGUCACUCCUGCUUCGUUGCUCUGAAUACAAGCACUUCACAAGUACGCUCAUUAGCUCUCGCGUGAGGAGGAAACCUUCAUACACUUUCUGUCGUAAGACUAGCGGAUUGACAACCCAGUUUGACCGACCGACAACAAACAUUGCUUUUGCAGCCUUCCGAGUCGUCUACCCCAAACAAUCCCCAACACAUCUCUCCCCAAACAUCUUCUCGUGGAACGGAUAUACAGAAGCCCCUGGUGACGGGCUGACAGGGAGAACAAAAUGCGAAUUCCGCAGAGCUACAUCCAGAAAUGCAAAGUCGUAGCGCACGUCUUCCAAGUGCUGUUCAUCUUCAUAGCAGCAUGCAUCACCAUUGGAGUAUUUACUAAAGGCGGUGAUACGGGCGGCGCGACUAAAUUCUUCUUUGCUUUGUGUUUCCUCUCCAUUCCUGCGCUAAUCUACCUCGUCAUGACACCUAUGUGGAGCCGUGCAGAGCGCUUCGUUAACGCCUACGCCUUUGUUGCGCUCGAUGCGCUCUACACGAUAUUCUGGUUCGCCGCCUUCAUUUCCGUCGCGAUGUGGAACUCCAAGGGGAUUAAGGAAGGCGAAAAGGACAAGAAGAUAAACGAAGGUGAUGGGAAUUGCACAACCUUCAAGUUCGGCCCGGAGGCCAUGUGUAAAUUAUCGAGGGCGACCGUCGGAUUCGGCAUUGUGAUAUUUAUAUUUUUUGGUCUCACAACCGCAAUCUCCGCCUACUACCUCAUAAAAUUCCGCAGAGACGGCAUCCUGCCCUUCCAAUCCGCAACCCCGAACCCGCGCCAUCUGGGCGGCGAAACUUCUGGCGGCGGUGGAGGCAAAGAUAAUACCUGGUCAUCCGAAUACGAAGCCCCCGGUCGCGAAUCUGAUGAAGAGGACCGCCAUACUGAACGCGGCGGCAACCAAGAAGAAGACGAAUAUGCUUUGCUGCAUUCGACGGAGACAGAUGAAGGACGCCAUCCUGGGCGCCCGCUAAGUUGGGGCGACGAUAGGUAUAAUAGGGCUCCUGCGCCCCCGUAUGCGGGAUAUGAUGAUGACGCGGCAGCGAAUGCGUUGAGUCCGGGCGGGUAUGAGGAGUAUAGACGGGAGGCGGGGGCGCCGCAGCCGCCACAUGGGGGAGGAUAUGGAAAUGGAGGGCAGGGGUAUAGUUUCAGUGGAGGAGAUCGGUGAAAACGAGGAAGAAAGGACUAAGCGGCGAGUAAUGCCUUCGAAGAUGGGAAGGUAGCGCAGAGAUAGUGGGAGAGGAGAUUUGUCUGGAUACCUAUUUGCGGGUUUAGAUGUUGCUUGCCUUUGUGUUGAGUAUAUCAAGAGGACUAAAUGCACUGUGCACUGCAGUAAAUGAAGAAUAGGAGAGGAGGAGGAAGAGGAAGAGGAAGAGGCAUUGCACUCUUUGGAGUUUCAAGGUUCUGGCAUAUGAUCUUGCCAAGAUGAUCUUAGCGCUUCAGCGAUUUUUCUUGGUGGUUCGAAUUUUAACUGCAUAUAUAUCCAUUCC